UAUUAGUGAGCGAUGACUUAAGCCGUCGCCGAGACGCAGAACUGUUUUACGUUUCAGUUGAGUCCCGAUACUCGCUUGGCCAACACGUCAAAAAAAGUGAUUCCCCUCACUCUCAAUUAAUGAAGUUUCCCCACCGAACGAAUCGACCAAUCAAAUUGAAAAAAUCUGUAAUCGAAUUAUAACAGAAAAAGUGAUUUUUCGACCGGCGACCUGAUCCCUUGUGCACCGGCUGCUGGAGAAAGUUCAGUCGACUCUUGACUGACAAAUAAAAGUGCAAGAGGAUAUUACGCUAUGGGCUACGGGACGGAAAUGAGCGGCUGCGGCCGGUUCAUGAAGUACUCGCUAUUCUUCGCGAAUUUCGUCAUUUUCGUCGGCGGAUGCGUGGUUGCUGGCCUAGCUGUAUGGGCAAUGAUUGACAAGAUCCCUUACAUCAGCGAUAUAGUUGGAAAUAAUUUAUUAACCGGUGCUGUCUACGUUCUUCUCGCCGGUGGUAUAAUAGUCGCAAUAGUCGCCUUCUUCGGUUGCAUCGGCGCAUCGAGGGAAGUGAAAUGCAUGCUCCUCACGUAUUUCAUCAUAGUACUAAUACUAUUCGUGACGAUAUUCAUUGGAGGAGUCCUCGCCUAUGUGUUUCGAGGAAAAUUAAACGGAAGAGUCGAAAUGGAAAUGCAAAAUUCAAUGGGGCUGUAUGAUAGUAAACCCUACAUGCACGAGGCUUGGGACACAACUCAAAGAUCCCUUCGCUGCUGUGGUACCAGGAGCUUCAGGGAUUGGAGCCGUGUCGGUCUUCCACUCCCACGCUCCUGCUGUCGGGAAGUGAGACCCGGAGAGUAUUUCUACUGCAACGCAACCCCAGAAACUCCGAAUCAAUCGAAUACGUAUUUCAACGGAUGUCUAACCACCGUCGAGAAGAAUCUGGAGAUGCAUACGAAGAUCAUCGGAGCUGCAGGAAUCGCCGUUGCCAUUUUGAUGUUAUUCGGAAUGAUAUUCUCCUGCGCACUUUUCCGGAAAAUCGAAUGACGGAGAGAGUUUCACGUUCUUUGAGGAGUCUUCGAGAAUCUCCUUAAAAUGUUAAUCCAUAAAAAUGUCACGCGAGAAAAAAAUACGAAAUCGUUUUGCACUAUUUAACGUCAUUAAAACCCCAUUAUAUUCAUCCAUGCACGGAGAAGAAUUAAAAAAAAAAUUGAUGGUAGCACAGAAAAAAAGCGCUAAGCGAUAACUAAAAAAAAUUCAAUCCUGGAUUUGGAAAUUUUAUUGACUUAAAUGUGAUUUUUUGCCGAAUUUCUGUGAAAAUUUACCUCAAAACCCUCAGAGUUUGACCACAAAUCUCGAGAAAUUUGGCAUUGACAGCAGUAAAUUUAUUUCAGAAUCGAGAAAUUGCGAUUAUUUCCAGUACUCGUACUACAAUUUUUAUAAAAAAUUUCUCUCCGUGUAAUGUACACCUGAGAAUUUGUCUAGUUUAUGCCAUCAAAUGAUUUUAUAUAUUCAAUAUUACGAUAGGUCUUCAAGAUCUUAAAAAAAGAUAUUGUUUUAUGGAUUAGAAAAAUACUCAAUUUUUCGAUUGUAAUCCCUAGGUUUUUUUCUUUGUAACAGUGUGCAUUGAAAUAAACGUUAUUAAUUUUUUUAAUUA